AUGAUUGGAGAGAUGGAAGCGGUAUCCUUGCGUGAUGCUCGCGUUUCGUUGAACUUCGGCGAGAAGCCAUUUGUACACUCUCCUGAGCAGAUCUCGGGCGGGCGGGUGAAGUGGAUAGCGCCUGUAGAGGUGCCUGCCGAGCGGAUGGUACAGAAUGUCAACUCUGGCUGGCGCAUCAACCAAUUCGACACCACAUCCACUCUUAAUCUCAUCGUCUCGGAAGAUGGACGUAUGGUCCAGGCCAAAGAGAACGAGUGGCAAGGCUUCCGUGCUAACAAGGGAGUCUUUGAGGCAGGUAAGUACUACUACGAGGUGGAGAUGGUGGAGGACUGUGGAUACGCGAGGGUCGGCUGGUCCCUUCCCACCGGCGACCUUCAACUGGGAGCGGAUAAUCUCGGCUACGGCUUUGGUUUCGCUCCGGAUGGUAGCCCUGCGAAGAAGGUCUUCAAUGGUGAAGUCGAAGAUUACGGUGUAAAAGUAAAGGUUGGUGACGUGGUGGGCUGUUUCUUGGACCUCGACAAUGGCUCGAUCCAGUGGUCAGUAAACGGAGAGGUGCUGCCUCCAGCCUAUUACGUGGACUCCUCCUUCAUUACCCACGACAAGACUAUCUUUUACCCCACCGCCUCCCUCUUCUGCACCACCCUUGAAGUCAACUACGGCGAUCGACCCUUCAAAUAUCAGCCCUCGGAGGAAUGGUAUCCACUCUUCGCAGCUGCGGAUGAAUUCGUGAAAGAUUCUCCAAAGUGGCCUAUCGACAUCAACACAGUCCGCCAGCCACAUGCGACAACGGAACGUGUGGAGAGCGAUAUCCUCUACCCCGGGGUGACAAUAACGGUGACAACGCGCGAAAACCAGGCCCAAGCAUCCGACACCUCGCCAGUCAGCAGUCAGCGCCGUACGAGUGGUCACACCAGCACGGAGGGGGAGGAUCAGGAGGAUGAGGAUACCGUGAUAGACGUCCAAGAUGAGCAGGACAGAGGUGUCACAAGUACCCCCUCCCGGGCUAUGCCGCAGCAGUCAGCUACGGACACUCCUCUCACCUAUACCUCCACCGACGCCCAGAGGGUCACGGAGGAAGAUGAUCCAGAGGUGACUGUGGAGUACUACACGAAUGAAGAGGGUCAGCGAGUGAAGAAAAUCAUCCAGAAGCAGCGGAAAGUGGUCACCACUAUCCACAAAGAGUCUGUUGAACGGUUUGAAACUACGGCAAUGAAUAAGGCCAUUCACCAGGCCACGAAAUUGGAUUCUGACACCUUCGUAGUAAACGGUUCAAGCAAUAUCCGGUCUGAUGUCAUCCCAACUACCCUUACCACCACAACCGUCACCACUACCACCACCAAAAGCGAGUAUACUGCCAAUUAA